AUUUGGGGGUUACUUUAAUAAUGACCAACCCGGUUGCUGUGAGUGUGCAGCAGCUUGUUUUUCCGUUCCGCUGCUGCUCGCUGCGUCAGGAGGAGGGGGGAGAGAGACUGCGGCGCAGCUUCUGGCUGCAGGAUGGCGGGACGGCAGCGCCAAGGAUGCGGCAUGGAUUGGAGAAAAGUUUAGGAACGCCGCACAUAGCAGGGCAUCAUGCAUGGCGGAAAAAAAGAAGAAAAAAAAAAAAACAACCGCAGCCCGGAAUACACCGGCUCCCUUCUGCGCCCUCUGAUGCACCAGCCGCUUCCUCUUAGCGCACACUGACCGGCCUGUGCGUCAACCAGUCCGCCUCCUCCGUCGCUCCACCUGCAUGACCCGCGAGCCAGGUGAAGGGUUAGUGUAAACACGAGCCGUGGGUGUGGUGCCGUUUCCAGAGCAUGCAUGAGUGCUGAAUGUAUACAUAUGAGAGAGAGAGGGGUGGACUGGCGAUACAGAAAGCAGCGGAGCAGCAGGGGGGACGCGGGCUGCAGCUGGUCCUGUUGCAGAGGAGACAACCAGGGGGUUCCCACCGACAGAGCUGGCAGGAUGAGCUUCAAAAACAUGCGGGAGUACCUGGCCUGGCUGUACUACCAGUACCUGCUCAUCACCGGCAUCUACGUCCUGGAGCCGUGGGAGAAGUCCAUCUUUAACUCUGUCCUCUUCUCCGCCAUUGCCAUGGUCGUCUACACCUCAUACGUGUUCGUGCCCAUCCACGUGCAUCUGGCUCUGGAGUUUUUCUCCGAGAUCAUUGACGGCCAACCGGAGAGCGCCAUGGCGCUCAUGAACUAGAACGAAGGAGGAAAAUGGAGGGAAAAGACUCAUAAAAAAAAAGAAGAAGGGGCGGCGUGUAAAUGUGACCUUAAGCGUCUCCCUUCUUCACCCAAACCACAAACCGGACACUUUCAUCGACAUUGAAAACAUGAAGGUCUUGCCGGAAUGAUCUGGAAGCCUUACUCACUUCUUUUGGAUCCCUCGCCCUCUGGCCUUACCUGAUGGUAUUACGCAGCAGUGCUUUAAUUUCCUGCGCUAUUGAAAUGUUUGGUUUUCCUUUUCCUCGCCAUAUGUCCUGUUUAAGUGCAUCCCACCUCCGGGUUUUGCAUGACGGGGCCGUACAUGACAGGUGGAUUUGCAUGCUUGACAACCAACAAAGCACAACCGGUCUCCUUUUGUUCUUCUGGAUGCAAAAGUCAUGAAGGUAUUCCAGAAGUUCUGAUUUUAGCUUAUUAAGACCUGGACAUCAUGGAAGAAAUAAUCCCCCCCACCCCCAGAACUAAAGCAGUGAAUGUUAUGAAACUUUUUUCUCAACUUUUCUUUAAUUUUUUUCUAAAUCUGGUUGUGUUUGAAAUGACAAACGCAAUAUAUGCCACGCUUCACAUGUAGCGGCACCCUGCAUAAACUCAUGUAAAAAACAUUAGGAUAUUUUAAUCUUUUACUGCAGUAACACAACCUUUCACAAAACAUGGAGAAAGCCAACUUUUAAUUUGAGAACAUUUAAGUGGAGAAAAAAAAAAUACAACAUAGAAAAACGAUUUACCCAGGUUCAACGUAGUUCACCUUCAUUUGAUUCCUAAAAAGUAAGUGUAUUUAAGCAGUUUUUAAAAAUUUAUACUUUACUUUUUUAAGUUGAUCAGAGUGUCUAAUCAUUUUUUUUGGUAACAGGUCUGUUUCUUGUCCACUAUUCAAAAUGGGAAAGAUUAGAAAGCUUAUACUAAAAAAAAACAACAAAAAAAAACCCCUCCAGGAAUCCAUUUCUUUCCCUCUUUUGCCUAAUUUUCUAGCGUCAAAUUAGCAUUUGGGAUCAGAUAUUUAUGUUAAUAUGAUCUAACACAGAGCCUUAUUUUUUUUAUCCGUCCCUCAGACAAGAUGUCUUGCGAGACAAGUAAGGCAAACUUGUGUUGAGCUUCAUGUAUUAGCUCCAGUAAAACAGCUGCUUGCCUGCGCUUCCACAUAUCUUCAAAGAUUCAAACAGCUGGAACUGUGACGAACAAAGCCGCUUUGCUUUGAGAAAGGAGAUGAAAACAAAAGUUUGAUUUUAAAGAUUAGAAUAAUUUUUUUUUUUUAAAAAAAGAGAGAGAUGAUAUCUCAAUAAAACUAAUUUACUUUAAAGGCCGGCCGGUGCCAAUAAACACGGACAGAACCCAGUUAAUCCAAAUUAGGCCCCACAAUUUCCAAAGCCGACAGCAGAAACUCGCAGCUUAUAAAUAUGCACAUUUUUCUCCACCUCUACUGGCAACAAAUCGGCAACGACGUAUACGUCUGCACGCUUCAGAGUUAAAAAACACACCUGGAGGUCUGUUACAUGACGAGUCGAGGCCCGUAGCGACACACUGCUGUUGUUCUCACCUGCGUCGAAUGUGUGUGUUGACACGUCACACCUGAAGACUCUCUGCUUUCUGGUUAAAAUGGGAGGUAGAGCAGAGUUUAUCACAGCUGUGUUGACAUGCACCAAAUGCUAUGUUUUUAACUAUGCUUGAGAAAAUAAAAAAGGGGAAAACUUUUUUUUUUAAGUUUCCUUUAUGCACUGAAAAGCAAGCUGAAAGCAUGCAGCGCGGAAGUGACUACAUUAGAAGAGGAAGCUUUAGCUAUGCAACAGAUGCGAACCUAUCAGUUACAUCUGGACCUGAGUCUGUUUAGUUAUGCGCCGAUCAAAAGGAGCAAUAAAAGAAUAACAGCGAUGAAAUGAGCCGAGCCCUCUCUUUAUCUCAGUUUUUUUUUUUUAUACGAUGGCAUGUCGGAAAGGUGUGCUGAGCACUGAACGGGGAACAAAUAUUGAUCUAACUCUCCUCUAUGUCCGGGCUUCGCUUUGUUCGUGGCAUAGUUAUGCUUUGCACGUAUUUGCUGCGUCACGCGGCUGGAAAAUUAGUCGGAAGGAAAAAAAACAAAAAACAUCUUCCUCGGCUGCAGUUGAUCUGUAGAGAUGGCGCCUAGCAUAUUUCUGAGUUGAAGAUCUGCUUUAAUUAUUUGUGCUGCGGAUCACUGAUGACUUGCUAAUUUUUAUUUACGUAUGUAUUUAUGUUCAUUGGUAAAUGCUUGGCUGGUUACAAUGUCAGUUACCAAACUUUUUAUUGUUCAAUUAUUUAUGUUGAAGUUUCUCGUAGGCCAUGAUUACAGCAUUGUUUGUUCUUUUAUCUCUGCCUUAACGUGCUUUUGUAUUAUGUUCCCUUGACUUUUGAUAAACAUUUUCAUCAUUGUCCAGCAAGAAUGAAGAGGCCUCUAAGAUGCUCUUUUUUCUUUCACAGUUUACCAAACUGAAUGUUGUAUUUCUACAUGGUAGCUACACAUCACUGUAGUAAUCGCAAAAAUAAAGGCAUCUGAUGACACUUA